AAGUUAUUACCUUUGUGUUUGGUAAUAUAAGAUAAAUAAACACGUGAUUAGUUAGAGAUUUCGUUUUGACAAUUAUUGCUGCUAUUGUCCUUUUUACAUUGUGAAGUUGAACGAUUUACAUCUCUUUUUACUAGGUUGUUCUCUUUUGGGAGAAAAUUUGUAGCUGCAGAAAAUCAAAAUGUCUUUAUACCCUUCUUUAGAAGAUAUGAAAGUGGAUCAGCUGGCUCGGGCCCAGAUAGCUCAUGCAGCCCAAGCAGCUCAUCCACCUCCUUACCCAAGUACCACUCACUCAGCAGCUUACCCAGCUACUGCACCACCAUAUCCUACAACUCCAGAAUCCAGACCUGUGCCUGCUGAUAAAUAUGCAACUCUCUAUCCAGUUUUGGAUGAAUACAUGGGUCUUCAAAUAUCUCAACAUCAACAGCAUUAUCCAUCUACUGCAGUUGUUCCUGCCAGUCAGAACACUGUUGCUGUUCCUUCCACAAAGCCAACAACUAUGGUAGCUCCCAUUUCUGGCAAUUCUAUUGGACUUGCAAGGGCUCAGGUGACCCAUGGCUUAAGAGAAGUACUAUUGUGCAAAGAUGGAAAUGGACGAGUUGGUCUCAGAGUCCAGGCUGUUAACAAGGGAGUUUUCAUCAUUCUUGUCCAAAAGAACACACCUGCUUCUUUAGCUGGCCUAAGGUUUGGUGAUCAGAUUUUGAUGAUUAAUGAUGUUGCCGUUGCUGGAAUGUCCAUGGAUGAUGUACAUAAGAUGAUCAAGAAAGCCAACCCAGAAAGAAUUACAAUGGUUGUGAGGGAUAGACCUUUUGAAAGAACAAUUACUGUUCACAAGGAUAGUGCAGGCACUGUUGGUUUUGGAUUCAAAAAUGGAAAAAUCAUCAAUCUCGUCAAAGAUUCUUCAGCAGCCAGAAAUGGAGUACUUAUUGAUCACAAUCUUCUUGAAGUAAAUGGCCAAAAUGUUGUUGGAUUAAAAGAUAAAGAAAUAUCCGCCAUUAUCAGAGAGGCUCCUUCUCCAGUCACAGUGACAAUAAUGCCUUCCUUCAUAUAUGAUCACAUGCUAAAAAAUACUGCAUCAAGCUUUAUUAAAAAGACAAUGGAUCAUACAAUUCCUGACUUGUAAAGGGACACCUUCUUGGCUUAUACUUUAUAGGAAGGAUCCUGAGCACAUAAUUUUUUUUUAUAACAGCAGACAUAUUUUUAAAAACUUUUAAUUACUACUUUUGGUUACUAAUUUUAGUCUCAUAAUUCUGAUUCUUCUUAUCUUUAUUUUUUAGUGUGAAAUAUUUAUGUAAAUAUUAAGCAUAUCAUAAAACUCAUAAAAAGUUUCCCACAUGUAAUACUAUAGAAGUAAUUUCCAUUUAUAAUUCAGAUAAACUAUUUUGCAUAUAUGAAGCAGCUAAUAAAAUCAUUAUAUGCUUAUCAGCUAAUAAGAAGAAACAAGUACUUCUAUUAAAUGAGCAUUCCAUGGUGUCAGUUUAAUAGCUUAUAUAUUUUUUUUAAUUUUAUUUUAAGGGAGGAAUAUUUUGUCUGCUCUUGCCUGGUGAAUUUAUGAUAGUGAGUGUGUCAAAAUCAUUGUUGCAACUGUGAUUUGUUCUUGAAAUGUAGUCAUUGCUUUCUUUUACAUCACUUGUUACUAUUUUCAACUUUUAAGUAAAAUCUUUGAUGUUCUCUAUAAUGAUAGUUAUUUAUGUUUGUUAUUGUUCUCAUGUAGUCAGUAUAUCUUUAGUGUGAAAAUCGAAUAAAGUUUUGAUUUCUUAAAA